GUGGUCUCGUUGUGCAUGGUCAUCUUCUGCUACAACACCUCGCUGAGGGUCAUGCUGCUUCUGAAGCACGUGCACAAGUUGACGGUAUACUUACUCUACGGACUGAUCUUGCUGCAAGCGUACUGCAUGAAGCUCCACUACACGAGUGGGCUCCGUCUCAUCACUCUGCUGCUGCAGUGCCCGCAUUGGUCCAGGGCUACUUUAGCCAGUAGGAUCUGGCUGGCUAGUGGAACCAUCGUCGCAUUCAAUGGCAUGUUGGUGUAUGGAGCUUGCAGAGGCACUUUGACGGCACUAAUGAAGGAGUUGUCGUCUUCGCUAAGGAUCGGCAUAUCGCAGUAUCUAACCGAACCCACAUGGAAACGAUUGAUGGACACCAUGCAGGUGGAAUUAAGCUGCUGUGGCGUGGAAAAGCCAAGUGAUUGGCACGAGAUCCCGUGGAUCAACAUGGACUUCCUCAAUGAGGACUCCGAUUUAGUUAUGAGGUUAGCAGGCGCCGAUGGCAAGGUGUUGCCUCCAGUGUCUCCCUACUCGUGUUGCACUCCGAGGGUACUCGCAGCCUGUUACCACGACCCCUUGCAGCAGUGCCGCGACUCGCCGUUUCUGCCCGCUUCGUUGCACGCGCGGGGUUGCGUGGAGGCGGUGCGCGGGCCGCUCACUAAAGCGCUGCUGGCGCUUCACUGCUUCAACACGCUGGUGCUACUGCUGCAGCUGGUGAUCAUGGUACUGACACAGCUGUUACGAACAAGCGCACGCGCAGCGGUGCUGCGAGGCGACGGCUCCGGCCCGGGCCGUGCCUUCUUGCUGGGCGACCUGCGGGAUUAUACUGCUAAUAAGGCAGCCUUUAAACAACAAGAACUUGAUGACCUCGAUGAACUUGACGAACUAGAUAGUGAUUUUUGA